AUGGGCCGGCGCAAAAACCGCUGGGUACUGGCGAAGGUCAAUCUACAGGAUCAGACCCAGGAAGCCGCGGCGUCGGCGCGCAUAUUUACGCGGGAAGCUUUCGACACCGAAAUCACGCGCAUCUGCGACGUGCUUUUCGGCAGCAUCGGAGGGGGAUACGUCGCGGACGCGACCAACGUCGUCCUCGUCAACGAAACGGAAUCCCUCGUGCUUCUGCAGACGAAACGGUGCUUCCUGCCUAAAGUCAUUUGUGUGCUGCGCUGUCUAGAGCGCGUGCAAAAGGUCCCCGUGACGGUUGACGUGCUGCACAUCGGCGGGACUCUGCAUCAGUGCAAGAAGCUGCUCUUCUCCAAGCUGCUCAGAACUUUGUCGCAGCUCCAAGCGCUCACACUGGGGCAAUCGGCACCUAAACCGGCGUUCACUCACAAAACGUUGGAGGCGAUAAAGGAGGUCGAGAAGCUACGAAAUCCGACGACCUAA